GCCCGCCCGCGCGCCACGCCCCCUCCUCCCGCACUUCCGGGGGAGGCGUUCCUUAGCAACGGAGGCUUCCCUAAGAGACGCGGUUUCGGGGCGCUUUCCGGCGGCGCGAUGGCAGAAGUAGAAGAAACACUAAAGAGGAUUCAGUCCCAUAAAGGAGUUAUUGGAACUAUUGUUGUAAACGCAGAAGGCAUUCCGAUCAGAACAACGCUUGACAACUCCACUACAGUACAGUACGCAGGCCUCCUCCAUCAGCUCACCAUGAAAGCAAAGAGCACAGUGAGGGACAUUGAUCCCCAGAACGAUCUAACCUUUCUGAGAAUUAGAUCAAAGAAACAUGAAAUCAUGGUUGCCCCAGAUAAGGAAUAUCUUCUUAUCGUCAUUCAGAAUCCAUGUGAAUAGACCUGCCACAUCAACUGAUGGGAGCGACACUACAGUUUCUUAAAUAGCGUUUAUCUUCCAGAAACCUGUCUAGUAAUUUCCUGGAUAUCAGAGCCUUUGAAAACCAAAAUGUUUUUUCUGUGUGUGCAGCUUUGCUUUAUUUGUAUUGGGACUAAUGAAAAUGUUUGCCUUAACUGCUUAAAGAACAAAUAAACCCAAGAGCUUAAAGCAUUUGUUACAUUGAUGAUGUUGUAUGUGGUUUUAAAAAAAUUGUCUUCAAACAUCUAAGCCUAGAUCUAAAACUAAAACUGAAAGCCUGUGGCGGUUUCCCUGUGAACUCUGUGAUAAGGAAAGAAUGCAAAACUAAUGUUUACAAGUUGACUGUAGUCAAACAGGAUUAAAUCAGUUUGAUUUCAGUGGGAUUAUUUAAGCAGAUGCUGAUGUUUUCUAUCUUUGAGUUGAUUGUGCCUAUGGAAAUUCUAGUAAUAAAGUAGUCUCCUUACAAAUGUAGAGAAUCCCAUUCUUCUUUUGACAUAAUGAUUAAAAGCAAUGCAUAUCAAAUU